CCUAAACUCCAUUCUCUUUGAUCGUAUCGUUCAUAUUUCUCUAGCAAGCAACCUAAAAAACAUUAUGGGCGUGUUCAGUUUCACGAAUGAAUACGUUUCGACGGUUCCGUCGGCAAGGUUGUUCAAGGCUCUAAUUCUGGACUCGCAUAACCUAAUUCCCAAACUCAUGACUCAAGCUAUCAAGAGUAUUGACAUCAUCCAAGGCAAUGGAGGGGCUGGAACCAUUAAGCAGAUCAACAUUAUUAGUGGUAGUCGGCUUAUCAGCAUCAAGGAUCGUGUGGAUGAACUGAACGAGGAGACAUUCACGUACAAGUGCUCCAUGAUGGAUCGGAAGGAGAAGUUUGAAUCUAUUGUUCACGUUGUCAAACUUGAGCCGACGCCAGAAGGCGGGAGCAAGAACAUGAUUAUGACCACAUACAACACCAAGGGUGAUGCUGAGUUCAAAGAACAAGAUAAGGCGAGCAACAAGAGUGUUCUGGAAAUGUACAAGCUUACCGAAGCAUACCUCCUCCAAAACCCCGAUGCUUAUGCUUGAAGCUUUGAAAGCUCUCUUCAAUAACAUCAAGAAGUCCAAUAAAUAAGUACUUGCAAUUUUCUCUAUAUCUUGUCGGAAGUAUCCGAAUUCUGACGCUUCUAUAUGCCGAAACGUCCCUUGAUUUUUUUUUCAAGAAAACGUCCCUUAGAUUUGGCUUGUGAGGUGGCUCAUACUUCAUGAUAGGAAUGUCAUACGCUUUCACAAUCCUUAUUGAAUAA